CAUGAUGGAGAAUCAGCCGCCCCUCACAUCACCGGAUGGAUCCAGUAAUGGGAACCCACCAAAGAGAUGUCGCCGUCCUCUGCAUUCCACACAUGAAGAUCACAACUACGCACGCCGUUAUCAGGGUGACAAUCUGAAAUAUGUAAAAGUUAAGAUUAAAACAGAAGAAGAAGAGACAUAUGUGACCGGCGAUCACUCAAUGGUAGAGGGUGCUAGGAUGAUGCCUAUUAAAGAGGAGAAAUCUUUCCAUACCAUGAUGGAGAAUCAGCCGCCCCUCACAUCACCGGAUGGAUCCAAUAAUGGGAACCCACCAGAGAGAUGUCCCCCUCCUCUGUAUUCCUGGGAUUCCACAAAGGAUGGUCAAAUUAUCCCUCGCCUUCAUCGGGCUGAGGAACUCCUUAAUAUAAAAGUUGAGGUGAAAAAGGAAGAAGAAGAGACGUAUGUGACGGGUGAUCAGCAAUUUAUGAAGGAGAACAAGGUUAUGGAUACCAUAAAAGUGGAGAAAUCUUCUCCAGAUAUCAGCUCAGAUGGCCGGUAUUUGCCAAAGAUCAAUACGUUGGAGAGACAUCUUGUUAUAUCUCCAGGUUCCACUGCAAUAGAUGGUGGCAUUCCACAUCCUUCUCCAAAAGUAACACUUUUAUGGUUGAUAAGACCAAUGGGUUCUUCUAAUCCUGAGGGAUCUUCUGGUAAAUCCCAUACUAUGACCUCAGAUCUCCAUCUAAGACCAAUGAAUCCUUCUAAUCCUGAGCAACCUUCUCAUAAUUUCCUCACUAUGACCUCAGAUGUCCAUCUAAGACCAAUGGAUCCUUCUAAUCCUGAGGAACCUUCUCAUAAUUUCCAUACUAUGACAUCAGACGUCCACCUAAGUUCUCACUUGGCUGACAGACCAACAGAUCCAUCCGGGAGCCCGUGGUCGUGCUUGGUGUGCGGAAAAAUAUUAGCUAACAAAAAAGGACUUGAGAAACACCAGAUAUGUCACACGGCCGAGCGUCCGUAUUCAUGUUCGGAGUGCGGAAACCGUUAUGCCAGGAAGCAAAGCCUUAUUGUACACCUGAGAAUUCACACUGGGGAGCGUCCUUUUUCCUGCUCCGUGUGCGGGAAAACUUUUCAUAAGAGGCAAAGCCUUGUUACACACCAGAGAAUUCACACUGGUGAGCGCCCCUUUUCCUGUUCGGAGUGCGAAAAAAGUUUUUACGUGAAACCGCACCUUCUUGCGCACCAGAGAGUUCACACGGGGGAGCGUCCCUUUUGCUGUUCCGAGUGCGGAAAAUGUUUUUCCGACAAGGGAGGCCUUGCCAAACACCAGAGAAUCCACACUGGCGAGCGCCUCCUUCCUUGUUCCGAGUGCGGAAAAUGUUUUACCGACCAAAGACGCCUUCGUAUACACCAGAGGGUUCACACUGGCGAGCGUCCCUUUUCCUGUUCGGAGUGCGGAAAAUGUUUUUCUAAAAAAGAAAGCCUUGUAAUACACGAGAGAAUUCACACUGGUGUGCGUCCCUAUAGCUGUCCGGAGUGCGGAAAAUGUUUUCGCGACAAAGGAAGCCUCAGUAAACACAUUAGGAAAACUCAUAUUGGUUUUCCCGACCAAAGCCAGGUUCCUACACCCCAGAGAGUUCACGCCGAAGAGCGUCCCUUUUCCUGUUCGGAGUGCGGGAAAUGUUUUUCUAAGAAGGUAACCUUGGAUAGCCACCAGAGAAUUCACACGGGUGAGCGUCCCUUUAGCUGUCCGGAGUGUGGAAAAGGUUUUCACGAUAAAGGAAGCCUUGGGAAACACGUUAAGAAAACUCAUAUCGGUGUUUCUGACCAAAGCCACGUUCGUACGCCUCAGACAGUCGACCCCGGUGACCGCCCCUUUUCCUGUUCAGACUGCGGAAAGUGUUUUUCUAGAAAAGAAACCCUCGUUAUACACCAGAGAAUUCACACCGGCGCGCGUCCCUUUAGCUGCACAGAGUGCGGAAAAGGCUUUCAUGAUAAAGGAAGCCUUGGUAGACACGUUAAGAAAGAUCACGAUGGAGUUUCUGACCAAAGGCGCUUUCGUAAACACAAGAGAGCUCACGCAGUUGAGCGUCCCUUUUCCUGUUCAGAGUGCGGAAGUCGUUUUACUAGAAAAGACACCCUCGUUAUACACCAGAGGAUUCACACUGGCGAGUUUCCCUUUUGCUGUCCGGAGUGCGACAAAUCUUUUCAUGAUAAGGGAAGCCUUCGUAAACACAUUGCCAAAACCCACGUCCCCGAACGUCUCUUUUCCUGUUUGGAGUGCGGGAAAGGUUUUUCUGAUCCGUCAAACCUUCGUAGACAUGAAAAAAGAUUACACUUGUGACCGGCCAUAUUUAUGUUGGAAAAGUGUGGAAAAUGUUUUUUUUUUUUUCGAGAAAGGACCCCCUUCUUAUACACCUGAGAAUUCCCUCAGGUGAGCGUCCUUAUUCAUGUUCAGAGCGCGGGAAAUCUUUUGCUCUCGUUACUCACCAGAAAAGCCACUCAGGUGAGCAUACACUAUGGGCCAGAUUCACAAACGAGAUACGCCGUCGUAUCUCUGUUUCUAACUAUGCGACUGAUUCA